AUGACUGUCAACACAACCAAAAUCGACGCCCCGUUUCAUGAAGCUGUAGGCGCUUUAAUGCACUUGAUGACAGCGACACUACCGGACAUUGCCUUUGCUGUGAGUUACGUUUCGUGCUUCGUGGAAAACCCCCAAGUCGAGCAUCGGAUGGCGGUCAAGCGCAUUUUGCGAUACUUUCAAGGGACUAAGCCGCACGGCAUCUGUUUCAAGUCUGAUGACAAGAUAGACUUCUGCGGCUACUCGGAUGCAGACUGGGCCGGCGACCAUGCAGACCGCAAGUCGACUUCGGGAUAUGCGUUCAUCCUGAUGGGUGCUCCGGUGAGCUGGGGAAGCAUAAAGCAGUAA